AUGGAACAGAGUAUGGAACAGGUAGAAAAUAUGUCUUUUUCCCGGCAGUGCGACGAAAUCGACCUACUCUCCAGCCAGUCCACGAUGUUGACUGGAGGCUGCGAACCAAACGCAAUCGUCUCGCCGAACGCAGCAACCGACGCCGCAGUUCAAGCGCUUACCGUCGCGAACGAUGGUGGCGCUAGUGUGACCGGAGAUGGACGACCGUUGGAUGGUUGCAGCAGUUUACUUUCGCGCCAGGAUUCAAACGUAUCACCGGUAGCAACGAGAAUAGCCUCCGACAGUGGCAACCAUGGAAAUGGGAACAAUGCACAGGAACGUCCCGGGGUGGGCAGUAAUCAAGGCAACAGCACGACGUUACCGGCCAGCAUUAGCAAUCGUAUUGCGGAGGGUCGUUGUCGGCGCAAAAACCGUCGUCGAAAGUCGAACCGUGGCAAAUCGAGUUCAAAUCGACCGUACACCAAGACGCAUUGGAAGUUUCAAGGGGGGCAAGGCGGGGGCCGCCAGGGGGGCCAGGGUGGUGGUGCCGAAACCAGUGCCGGAAUGCAGGGUGGUAAAGUGAAUCACAACAAGCGGCGCCAUCUCUACUCGGUGGCGGCCUCCCGCCGGAUAACGCCGUUCCUGAAGUCCGAUCAGCCACCGCUAGUGCCAUACAACACCAACCGCUUCCUGAUGGAGGACCACAUGCCGCAAGUGCUGACCCCGUCAGGUAGAACGCGCGAUUCAAGUUUUUCGAUAGAUUCAGAAGAAAAUUAUUUUUACUCACUCCCAGAGGAUGAAGAGGAUUUCCUUACCAAGGAGUUCUCCAGCGUGUACGAGCGGGAACGGUUCGAUCAGCUGGAAAGCCUCAGCCAUCCCGACCUUGUCCAAGAGUAUAUUAAGCUAGCGGUCGAAUACGAGCAGACGGUACGGCGCACCGGUGCGACCGUGGGUGGUGGUGGUGGUGGAGGUGGCAGCGGAGGGGAUUGUGACGGUGGAAGCAUGGCAAAGACGGGGAACGAUGGCGAACGUGGCGAUGAUGCUAGUGGCGCUCGGAACAGACUGUUGGAAGAGCGUGUGAAGGUGUUGGAGCGGGAAAAUAUAGAUCUUCGCCGCCAGUUAGAAUACGCCACACGAAUGGGAUUUCUCAUGCCUGCUAGAUCAUCACCACGCUACGGAGUGUCCACGACCACCGGUGCGGAUCGUAUGGAUAUUGGUGAUCAGCAACGGGCACAGAUGGACAGCAGCACCAGUGAGGACAGUGAAUCGGACAGUUCCAGCACCAGCUCCAGUAGUAGCAGCAGCAGCUCGAGCAGUAGCAGCAGUAUGAGCGAUGACAACGGAGAUGAACCGAUGGGCAUGGAUGAGAUGGCGGAACCGGAACGGAACUAUGGCGCCCGUAUGAUGAACGGUGUUGCGGAUCGUUCUCCCUUAUCGCCCGUAAUGAAUGGCGGAGGUCCUCGCACAAACGGUGCACACGAAAGUGGUCCAGAGCAGCAGGAGGAACAGGAGGCAGGGGAGGAUGAGGAUGAGGAGGAACUGUUGUUGAACGGCGUUGAUGAGCUUUCACCAUCCCCGAGACCAUCGCUUGCGGUGGAGUAA